AGGAAAUUAGCACCCUCGUCGCGACGCUCGCGGCUCGGUGUCUGGCCGCGUGGUUUGGCGGCGAGAGUGAGCCACUCUCUUGGUACCGGGAAUUGGUAUCAUCUACUUGUUCACCAGGAGAACCGGGGGUCAUAUCUUCUUCUUCAUCGGCUAUGGUUGUUCAUCCCAACUACGAAGCCCCUACGACCACCUCUUCUUCUUUCUCCCCCACCGGCCGCCUGCUUUCGCUCGCGGAUUGUCGCUUGUUUUCCUCGCCAGCCGCGCUUUGGAGUCUGGACUACAGUGGGCAGAAGGUCUGGAGCCAGCAUUUGUACGAGGAGGCGGGCAAGGUGCCGAACCACAUUUUAAGCUUGACCCUCUCCGCGCUUAAGCAGUUGAACGCGUUUGACCUUCGACGCGGACGCGCAGGAGGCCGCGAUUCAGUAGUUGUACAACCAUAUGCGACCUCGAACAACAACACGACCGCCAAAACUGAAUUCGCGCUGCUUCCUGGACAUAAAAAUCAGGAAGUUAGUAAAAGUAAAACUAAUGAAAAUGAAGAUCAACAUCAACCUUUUGUCAGCAGCACGUAUUUUGCUUCCGUGCUCCCCAUCUACAGCCUGAAGGUGUUCGGGCUGAGCUUUUUUUCCGCACCGAAUGAGGAGGCAUUCGUGCUGGACGCGACCAAGUCCUUCACCAAGGAGUCCAACCGCGCCAAGCCGCACAAGCAGUAUGUCCGCUUGUUUCUGCCCCUGGCGUUCCCGAAGUUUCUGUUCAAGAAGUUUUUCCAGCACGGAGGCUUUGACCUGCACCGGGAACUGGUCAAAAUAAAGGCCCUGGUCGGCGUAGACCUGCUCACGCCAAUGGGGAAAAUAUUCCAGUGGGACAGUAUGCAUCGCAAAUAAAGUAUCGUUCUACGUACUUAGCAAUAGCAACUCUUUUAUUUUGCAUGACUAAGUGUAGUUUCCUCAGCGUGAGAAAUGGACAAAUUUGUGACGGAAAUUGUUCUCAGGAUGAAAGCGAUUUAUUUGAAUUUGUAUAUGCAGGCUUGCAAGAAUUUGAAUUGCGCAUGGAAAAAAUACGAUACUUUUGAAUAGGAUACACAGCACCCACGUGCAAAAGGACUGGAUUUGCCACACUAUCAGUGCCGGCGCGGAACAAGACUACGUGCUGGGGCGGCUGCAUCCGCUUGACAAAGACACGGUGGAACUGCACGCGAAGUUCGCCGACGCCAUUCUGUCAGUGGAGAAAGAGUUGAAGCUGACGGAGGUCCUUGGUUCAUCUUCUGGGACUUCUGCUAGUACCGGAGGCUUGACUGCUCCUAGUACACAUGGUGGAAGUACUAGUGCAGCUACUGCUGCAGCUCCUGUUGCUAGUACUAGUUCUGCGUCGUUUGAUGAUCUGGAAUUUUGCCGGCAGCUGGACAGCUUCGCGCGCAAGCAAGGGGAGCUCUUGGAUCAGCUGAUGCAGAAACUCCAUCCGCAGGAACCAGUCAUCAACAUGAUUCCUGAAUUGCGGCAGCUGCUCCGUGCGGCUUUGGAAGGAGUCAACGACAACCUGCACUCUGCGACGUCGCUCCUCAUGCAGCAGCGCAGCAACACGGGCGCGGUGCUGUUUGGAGGUGGGGGAAUUUCUUUACGCCCUGAAAACUUUUUCACAUUCAUUCCAUCCAAUUUGCGACCACUUGUGUCUGAUGUCAUGCAAAAAUCAGCAAUGGGAAUGGAGGAAAGAAAGCUAAUAUCAAAGUCGCGGUUAUGUUAGUCAUGCUCAUGCAAAAAAUAAAAAAAGUGGAUGGAAAUGCUUGCAAAUUUUCGGGGAAUAUUCUUCAUCGACCAGGGUGGUGGGACUACAUUCAUCUAUGUGCACGACGGCGAACAACAACAAUAAGGUAGCUCCUGCGGAGGAUGAAGUCAGCGUGUUGCGCAACAGUGUG